UCUUACUUUCAUUCUAAGUCGCUGCAGUUCAGAGCAGCAAGUGCUCUGUGCAGAGGCUUGGCUCUCCCCUGGAGGUGAGCAGACACUCUCGCUGGUGAAGAAAGCCAAGUCUGGAGAUGCAGCUCUUUACAGGGUGAAAGAUGCAUUGUUGUUCAUUUCUCAAGCACUAUGCUAGACAGCUACAGGCUGAAAAGUGUCUGCAGUUUGCCGUUUGUUUGUCAUAAGAAAAUAAAUACAGUUGGAACCAGUAAUGCAGAUAUCCCUUUGGCUGAUCCCGGAAUGUACCAGUUGGACAUCACGCUAAGAAGGGGUCAAAGUUUAGCUGCCCGGGAUCGAGGAGGGACAAGUGAUCCAUAUGUGAAGUUUAAGAUCGGAAGAAAAGAAGUUUUUAGAAGUAAAAUUAUACAUAAGAACCUGAAUCCUGUGUGGGAGGAAAAGGCUUGCAUUCUUGUUGAACAUCUUAGAGAGCCACUGUAUAUCAAGGUAUUUGACUAUGAUUUUGGACUGCAAGAUGACUUUAUGGGCUCAGCCUUUCUCGAUCUCACACAAUUGGAGUUAAACAGGUCCACGGAUGUAUCCUUAACUCUGAAAGAUCCCCAUUACCCUGACCAUGACCUUGGAAUCAUUUUGCUGUCAGUCAUCCUUACCCCUAAGGAAGGAGAACCCAGGGAUGUGCAGAGUUCAAUCCAAAGCUUUCUUCAUUGGAGAAUUUAUGACAUAAAAACAAUGCUAAUGAGGAAGAGUUGGAAAAGAUCCAGUAAGGAACUCUCAGAAAAUGAAGUGUUUGGAUCUCACUUCUCUGUGCAGUCUUUCUUUUGGAGGUUUCAGACUCAAAGCUUACGUCUGUCAGACCAGCACAGGAAAUCACACCUGUGGAGAGGAAUCGUUAGCAUCACCUUGAUUGAGGGCCGAGACCUCAAAGCAAUGGAUUCCAACGGGCUGAGUGAUCCCUAUGUGAAGUUCCGGCUCGGGCAUCAGAAGUACAAGAGCAAGAUUAUGCCCAAAACUUUGAAUCCCCAGUGGAGGGAGCAGUUUGAUUUCCAUCUCUAUGAAGAAAGAGGAGGGAUCAUUGACAUCACUGCCUGGGACAAGGAUGCUGGGAAAAGGGAUGAUUUUAUUGGAAGGUGCCAGGUUGACCUGUCGUCCCUCAGUAGGGAACAAACGCACAAGCUGGAGUUACAGCUGGAAGAGGGUGAGGGCCACCUGGUUCUGCUUGUCACUCUGACAGCCUCGGCCACAGUCAGUAUCUCCGACCUCUCUGUCCACUCCCUGGAGGACCAGAAGGAGCGGGGGGAGAUAUUAAAGAGAUAUAGCCCACUGAAGAUAUUUAACAACCUAAAAGAUGUGGGAUUUCUCCAAGUGAGAGUCAUCAGGGCUGAAGGUUUGAUGGCUGCUGACGUCACAGGCAAAAGUGAUCCAUUUUGUGUAGUAGAACUGAACAACGAUAGACUGCUAACACACACUGUCUACAAAAACCUCAAUCCUGAGUGGAACAAAGUGUUCACAUUCAACAUUAAAGACAUUCAUUCAGUCCUGGAAGUGACAGUUUAUGAUGAAGACCGUGACCGGAGUGCCGACUUUCUGGGCAGAGUUGCUAUACCAUUGCUGUCUAUUCAAAAUGGUGAACAGAAAGCCUACGUCCUGAAAAACAAGCAGCUGACAGGGCCAACAAAGGGGGUCAUCUAUCUUGAAAUAGAUGUGAUUUUUAAUGCUGUGAAAGCCAGCUUACGAACAUUAGUACCCAAAGAACAGAAGUACAUUGAAGAGGAAAACAGGCUCUCCAAACAGCUGCUUCUGAGAAACUUCAUCAGAACGAAGCGUUGUGUCAUGGUGCUGGUAAAUGCUGCGUACUACGUUAACAGUUGCUUUGAUUGGGAUUCACCCCCAAGGAGUCUUGCUGCUUUUGUGAGUGAUCCCAGAACAAAGCAGGAAGAAGGAGUGGUACAUAGCAAGUCUCCACACCGAAUGACUCAUGUCUUCAAAGCCCCAGCCUUGCCACAGGACUCCACCCCUCAGUCCCUCUUCCUCUUUGUUGUCUGGAACUUUGAGCUCUAUAUGAUACCACUUUUGCUAUUGUUACUCCUGACCUGGAACUACUUCCUCAUAAUAUCGGGGAAAGAUACCAGGCAACGAGAUACGGUAGUGGAGGACAUGCUAGAGGACGAGGAGGAAGAAGAUGACAAAGAUGACAAGGAUGGUGAAAAAAAAGGAUUUAUAAAUAAAAUCUAUGCCAUUCAAGAAGUCUGCAUUAGUGUCCAGAACAUCCUAGAUGAAGUGGCUUCCUUUGGCGAAAGGAUAAAGAAUACUUUCAACUGGACUGUCCCAUUCUUAAGCUGGCUGGCCAUUGUAGCCCUCUCUGUGUUCACAGUUAUUCUGUACUUCAUCCCACUGAGAUACAUUGUUCUUGUCUGGGGAAUUAAUAAAUUUACAAAAAAGCUUCGGAGUCCAUAUGCAAUUGAUAACAAUGAACUACUUGACUUCCUUUCCAGAGUUCCUUCAGAUGUACAAGUGGUGCAGUACCAAGAACUGAAACCAGACCAUUCUCAUAGCCCAUAUAAAAGGAAGAAAAACAACCUUGGCUAGCCAGCUCCCAGCACUGAAGAGACCAGCAUGUUUGGGAAGAUAAAAGAAAAACCCUUCAGCCUCGGCAGCAUUUCCUUUCUUUCUGCUUUUUAUUUAUUUUCCCUUUUUAUUAUGAGGAAAUUUGUAAAUAGUGUACAAAAGGCAUAUGUCUUUGAAAAUAUACUUCCAUUGUACAGACUCAACUUGAUAAAGGAUUUUAGCUGGUGGAGUAUGGAAGCCUUGUUAGUUAUAGAUAAUAUAACCAACUGAAAGAAUAAAAAUAAUGGUUAUAAAACUGGAAGAAACAUAUCUCUAGAAUUAUAAGUGAAAGAACCAGAGUAUCAGAUUAAAUGCUCAAUUGUACUCUGGUUAACCCUACAUAAAAUAUAAAUGCUGAUUUGUUCUUUAGGUUUGUUGUAAUGUGACUAUUUCUUACGUGAAAAGUAAGUCACUAUUUUUUUUUUUAUGUUUAUACAGUUCAAAAGGGGGGGGGACCCCAAAUCUUGAAUAAUGGGAUGUUGCAUUUCAAUGUAACAUACAUUCUGACUUUCAUUCCUGUGUAAGUAAGCCCCUUCUGUAUGUCUAAGGCUGAUUUUACGCUCAGGAGUACAGGCACAUUCAUAUACUUGGCUGUUUCCUUACACACAAUCCCUUAAGAGAAUCAGAGAGUUUACGAAUAAAACUUGUAAGCCUUCUAUCAUUCCAUCUAAAACCUUAAAAUCUCUCCAGAAUUAUAUUAAAUAAAUACUGCCAGGUUUAUAAAUGGUUAUCAGGAUUUUUAUAUAUAUAUAUUUAUCAAUAUUUAAUUUAUACUGUUAUCAAAUUAGCAAGCCAAUUCAGUUGUCAAAAAUACUAGCAAACUAAAUCCAUACUGCAUUUGGUGUUAAAUUAUGCCCUUGCACAUCUUAACAAAAAAAAAAAAUUAAGUAUCCUCACGGAAAAAUAACAACAAAACAGUAUCUGCUUUCUCAUUAGACUAGUAACAUGCUUUAAUAUUAUAAUACAUACUAUGAAUUUUAUUACUGAGUUUUAAUGUAGAGAAUGCAGUGGACUAAGUGCAAGGCCAGUGUGAAGAAAGAUCACUGAUAAUGCAUGAAAACCUGUUUUGUAAAAUAAACUUUUAAAGUGGUUACCAUUAAAAAUGUUUCCCUAACCACACUCUAUCUUCAACAGUGCAUUCCUAAAACUAACUCCAGGGUCUAUCAAGGGAACAUACCUCUGCAGAGUUAACGUGGUUAGUGAGAAUGUCCUCACUGACUUGUUAAAAGUAUCAAACUCAGUGGAAAUUGCUCGAGACAAUGUUUUGCACUACUUUAUUAAUUGCUAUUAAUAAAUAACGGGUGGGAUGAAGGUGGGGGGCUUGCUGGAGAAUGUAGAAAAGCAGAACUAUAUAUUUCACUCUAAAGAAUUCUUUAAAUCUCAUCAAAGCUGAUUUUUAAAGUAUUUUUAUUUUAGAAAUAUGUUGUUAAAUACUAUUUCUUAUAAUAGAACUAUUUUGAUGUUUAUACACUAUGCUUGGAAGAAUGUUGACUAAAUUCCCUUUCUACAGAAAGGCUUUGACCUCACUUCAACAUGCUCUAUUUAGUCUAUCAUGUUUAAAAUGACAUGCUUACAUCUGCAUUCCUUCACUGUUUGUGGCAAAAACAUACUUUAUGAAGCUGACCUACUACAAACUUUAUUGAUGAGAUCAUUUGUUUGGUUAUCAGUUCUGAUUAUACCUGGGUGAGAUUUAUGUUCUGUGCUGACAGUCUCUACUCAAAUGUCUAUAAGCCUGACAUUCUAUAACCUCAAAUGUACCUAUUGGAUGUAACCAUUAACAGAUGACAAAGUUUUGUUUCAUUGUGUAAGAUUUCAGAUGUUUAGUUCAAUAGUGAUGUUGACUACAUACUCACUGCAUUAAACACAAAAGAAAAGAAUCA